UUAGCGUGAAGUGAAGUCGGCAGGCUGAGGUUGAGUGGCCUGCUCGUGCGGGAGCGGGGUUGGGGUGGUUCGCUGGAGAUCGGGGGUGGUUGGAGCAGAAGGGGGUUGCUGGUUCAGCAUGGAUUCUGAAGAUGCUAUUGCUCCCGAAAAAUUAAUUGAGGAUUUGAAACUCUCAGAAGACCAGAGCAGUCCAGCAUGUAAUACAUAUGUCCCCAGAGUCAUUGAAGAAGGUGUGAGUCAGUUGUCUGACUCAGGUAGAGAAGAUGAUGAUCUCUUCCAUGAUUGUAAUGACUCUUUUGAAUCAGGAGUGGUAGAAGAGAAUCACAACAAUGAGACAGGUUCUUCAGAAAAUGAAGUGGAUCUAGAUGAAAAAGAAUUGCUAGAACUGGAAAAAAACAUGUCAGAGGAAGAAAAAGAGAAAAGGAGAAAUGAAAGCACAAAAUUAAAAGAAGAAGGAAAUAAACAGUUUAAAAAUGGAGAGUAUAAAGAAGCAGAAGACUCAUACGCAAAAGCCCUGCAGGUCUGUCCAGCCUCUUGUAACACAGACAGAUCCAUUUUGUAUUCAAAUAGAGCUGCAGCAAGAAUGAAGCAGGACAAGAAAGAAAUGGCUAUAAGUGAUUGCAGCAAAGCCCUAGAGUUAAACCCAAACUAUAUCAAAGCACUGCUGAGGAGGGCAGAACUGUAUGAAAAAACAGAAAAGCUAGAUGAAGCCUUAGAGGAUUACAAAAACCUGUUGGAAAAAGAUCCAUCGGUAUAUCAAGCAAGGGAAGCUUGCAUGAGACUGCCAAAACAAAUAGAAGAACGUAAUGAAAAACUUAAAGCUGAAAUGUUAGGCAAGCUGAAGGAUCUUGGGAACCUGGUUCUCCGUCCCUUUGGCCUAUCAACAGAGAACUUCCAAGUGAAGCAAGAUUCUUCAACUGGAUCGUAUUCUAUCAACUUUGUUCAAAAUCCAAAUAAUAACAACCGAUAACACGAGCGCAGACUGCAUGUGGCAAAAUGUUGGGCUUUGAAGCUUAAUGGUGAUGUGGUUUCAGCGAAUGCAAAAAGGAUGAGUAAACAUUUAAUGCAUAACACCAUUCUUUAAAAUGAGAGGAUUUGAACUGAGACCCAUGCAUUUAGUGUGUGUGUGUGUGUGAGAUUCUUUCAAAAGAGGUGGGCAGAAGAGGACAGUUACCUGAUCUUUGCAGUGAUGUUUUAUGCACUUUGGGUACUCUACAUCUUCCUUUCGAGGAGGGGUGGGGUUUAGCUUUGCAAAUUAGAAAAAUUUCAGUGCGCGUAAACCUUUAGCCAUAGUACACUCAUUUCAUCAUUUGUGAAAUGUGGAGGUCUUUUUGAAGGAUACAGAAGUGUUUCUCUAUUCAGAGAAUAUACUUUUACCUUAUGGAUAAUAAAUCAUUAAUGGUA